AUGGCGUUGCAGCCGUAUUUGAGGAAGUUACAAGAAAUGCAAGGUUACUUGAAAGGGAAAGCCAUCAACAAAAAAUCUGAACAUGACGCGAACGUCUUUUUAAAGCUAUACAAACAGCUCCUUACAGAACCUACAACUAUCAAGUGGUCUCAAAUGAGACCACUGAGCAGUGAGUAUGAGAUUGAUUACGAUGGAUUACCAGAGGUCGCUGGUAGAGAGGCAAUGAUCUUGAACAGGCUCUGUGUUCUGAAGCUGAAUGGAGGGCUUGGAACCACGAUGGGUUGUUCUGGCCCCAAAUCACUACUUGUCGUUCGUGACGGCUUAACGUUUUUGGAUAUUGCGAUUAAGCAGAACGAGUCCUUGAACCAGAAGUACGGCAGUGACGUUCCGUUACUGUUAAUGAACAGUUUCAACACAGAAUCAGAUAUCUGUCAGUACCUUAGUACGAUAUGCAAAAGUGUUCGUUGUUUCACACAAAGCAAAUGCCCUCGCAUAGAUGCAGUGACACACAAACCUGUAUUUACACUUAAUAACUCGAAUGAAAACGAAAGUUGGUACCCUCCAGGACAUGGGAACGUUUUUGAAUCAAUGGAAUUUAGCGGAAUCUUAGACGAGUUGAUUGCUGAGAACAGGGAAAUAUGUUUUAUUUCAAACAUUGACAAUACUGGAGCCACUGUAGAUCUCAAGAUCGCUCAGUUUAUGAUUGAGUCUGGAACGGAGUAUGCUAUGGAAUGUACGCAAAAAACCUUAGCAGAUACCAAAGGUGGUACUCUAAUAGAAAUUAAUGGUGGUAUUAUGCAUUUGGAAAUGCCACAAGUGCCUCAAGCAAAUGUAGAAGAAUUCUGUUCAUUACGCACAUUCAAAAUGUUUAACACCAAUAACAUAUGGGUGAAUUUGCGGAAUGUGAAAGCUAGAUUGCCGGAAAUGAAGAUGGAAAUAAUUGUCAAUCGUAAGAAGUUGGGGAAUGGAAAUCAAGUUUUACAAUUAGAAACUUCUGUAGGUGGUGCGAUACGUAACUUUCAAAAAGUUGUUAGUGUGAAGGUACCUCGUGCAAGGUUUCUGCCGGUGAAAAAAACUCAGGAUCUCUUGGCAUUGAUGAGUGACAUAUAUGAAAUGGACGAAUUUUGCAACGUGCGAUUGAAGGUGGGUCGGCCAAUCGCUGAACAACCGGUUAUUAAGCUAUCUGAAGAAUUUAGUUCAAUAGCAGAUUUUCGAAAGCGGUUCGCAUCAAUACCUCGUAUCGCCGAUUUAGUACGACUCAGAGUAGAUGGUGAUGUUGUUUUCGGUAGCAGUGUCGUUCUGAAAGGAGAUGUUAUAAUUGUUGCAGACGAGGGGAAACUUCUAGAGAUACCGAAUGGCUCAUUUAUAGAGAAUAAGAUGGUUAAAGGCUGUUUGCGGUUUAAGGAGAACUAG